AUCCUGAUCUCCCUGAAAUAUGUUAUAUGUAGGACGAGAGAAUAUUAAUCGUGAAGUUUUGGCUGAAUAUAUUUCUCUAGUUUCCUUGAAGACAAGGAUUUAUACAAGAGGCGGUGCACCGAAAACGACCGGCAAAGGAUGCUGGCGCCUUUUAACGUGCCGGACUUUCUCUCCAACCAGCUAUGUACCGAUCUCAACGGUUACUUGGGCUCUAAGAGCGCACUUGACGAUAACGGGAAACUGGUAGACCUUAGGAUUUGGUUUCAAUGCUUGGUAAAAAAGGUUUUAAAACCCGAGGAAGAGAGGGUCCCUGAUGGGAAUCCUUACUUGUGGUAUGAAAUGACAUGCUUCACAUAUUGGUAUCACCCACAUCGUUGCAGAGUGCUCUGCAUCGGCACACCAGAUACGCUACGCGAGCGUCUCCAAGCAGUCCUCAACAAGCCGCGACCACUCAAUCUUGGGGAUCCUUUGGCAAUGCUCGACCCCCUCCUCAACGAAAUCAUCCAACUAUAUGACGAGAGCACUUGGCGAGCGCGAGACGCGGUGCGGGCGAUCGAAGAGAAUAGACUAAAGCGCCGGCCAGACUUCAUGACGAUGCACGAGAUUUCCAGGCAUACAAGCCAUGUCGUGGAAACCGAAUCAGUCGCAAUCGAAGCCAUCGAAAGCUUGCUGCAACGUCAGGAGGCUCUUCAUCAAACGCUCCCCACAGAGCUUGGAAAUGGAUAUUUGGUACAGGCGCGAGAGCGUUUGAGCUUCCAACUUCAGAUGAUGAAGAGCCUCAAAUGGCGCUCAUUAUCUACUCAAGAAAGACUUAAUGCUGAAGUCAAUGUGGCAUACAAUAUGAUUGCCAGUCAAGAUAGUGUGGUAAUUAAAUCAAUCGCAUUCUUAACCAUGGCAUUUCUCCCGGCGACGUUCGUCUCGACAGUGUUUAGCACUACAUUUUUCUCUUUUGGUGAGGAUAAGUGGAAGACCUCUAACCAGUUCUGGAUAUACUGGGCGGUGGUAAUCCCUUCCACUCUGCUCGUCCUUUUAUCUUGGUGGUUAUGGCUGGAGAAUUGGACCAGAAUUUCAAACUUCAGUGGAAUAGCCUGCGGAAAGCGAAGAAAUCUAUCGUCUAGACCAGUUUGAUCUGUAUGAAGCAGGACGGCUUACGCACUUUUCUCGGGUUGUUACUGGGCGGCGGGAG